CCGUUCCCAGCGACACCUAUCGUACCCCCACCAACAUUCUCGCUCGAGAAUUCGCCAAGGAUCUUGAAACGAUCCGACGUUUCCAAUUACACCGUGUCCGAGGACGUGACAUGGAAGGCCGCUUGCGCCUCGGCCGAGAUCCUGUUGGAAGCUUUGAACGUGAAGGAGGACGCGGAUUUCAAAAAGCCGGAAAUCGAGAGGUCGGUCGAUGUGGUCGGUGGUGAAAAGUACGGGUGCGACGAUGGUGCGUUGGUUGUUAAGAAGGACGAUGACGUGAUGAUGGAGGAGGGGAUUGCGGUGGGGCAAACGGGCGUGGUGCAAGGCGAGGAGAAGUUGGAGGAGAGCAUCUCGAAAAAUUUGAAGGAGAACAACGACGGUGUGUCGAGUUACGAGGCGUCCGAGGAUGAUUCAGGCUCCACGAAUCAUUUCUCACCCAACACAAGUAUCAACGAAGUUUCACAGUUAUCUGGUAAUAAAAAUGGUUCUAGUAAAAUGAAUGUAAAAACGGACUCGUGGUUAAUCAAAACUUUGAACAACGCUAACAUGGCAAAUAAGCAGAAACGGCGGAAAAACAACGCUGUCCAGCAACAUAGUUCCGAAUCGUCGAACAGUUCGGUGACAGAGAACGAGCAAACGAAUCCUAUCGUCUCGUUGGUGUCCAACAGUACGAUAACGACGGUGGCGACAACUACGACGACCGUGAAAAAUCUCCAACAGACGAUAUGCUCGAGGAAAAGUUCGUGCGUCUCGUUGAACAACGAUCAGACAACGUCCGAGGAGACGGAACGUAUCGUGGGGAAAGCCACUUAUUCCGAAACUGUGCGCCGCUGCGCCUCCUUGAGCGCAUCCUUCUCGGAGAAGAAAGAAUUUUCCAAGAAAAGCAAAUUAAACAUUGCCAAUGUGUCAACGAUUUGCAGCACUGUGAUACCGAUACCCGGCCGUAAAUGUCAGAGAAAAGAUUUCGAGAAAUCUUACUAUCUGUUGCACAGCAGAUCCCGCAAGUGUUCCGGGAAAAAGGCAACGAAAAAUUGCGAGAUCGAUGGUGAUUCUCAAUCGAUGGAGGGAACGUUGAAAUCGACCGUCGCGGUGAAGCACGGGAAAAAGAGGGAAAACGCUGGAUGCAUCGAAUUCUUGGACGGGAAGUAUGGUGGGAAGACUAGCGACAGAGGUUGGUCCGUAUGGUACAGUUCGAAGAGGAAACAAAGUCUUAGCCCGCUUGCGCUUAGCAAAUUGGAAAUGAUACAUCAAACGGUUUGGCAAAUGGAUGAAGCAGAGGUUUUCAAGUGUCCAUCUUCGGGGGGCAAUAAUCAAUCUUCUACAUACACGAUCGAGGACUAUUGUAAAGUCAUUAAAAGUCCAAUGUUCCUAGAAACGGUUGAAUACAAAUUAAAGAAUCGAGUUUACCAUAAAGUGGAACACGUCGUUAGAGACUUUCGUCGUAUUGUUUAUAAUUCAAAAUUAUAUCAUAAGGAUGAUCAUGAUCGAGUAAAAGUAAUCGAAACACUAUCGAAGAAACUCGAAGAACUUUUCGAGGAACAUUUCGCGAGUUGGGACUUCGAUAAUAUUAGCGGUAGUCCAAGGGAAAGUUCACCAGUGCUGCAUCGAUUUAAAACGGCUGGACAAAAACCGGUAACUGGACGUUACGGCAAUACGAAGAAAUGUCAGUCUUCUUCGAUUACCGAAAAUAUAUAACAUCUGCCAUUAGUAAUAUGCUUUUCUGCGACAUCGAACUACACUUGAGGAAUUAUCGUGCCUAUGAUUCAUGGUGACAUUUCAUUACGCAUUUGCAAUUCAUAUUAUUAUUAGAUUAACAGAUAAACUAAUCGCAUCGAGUUUAUAUAAAAUUGUUAGAUUCGAAAUUAAGUAUAUCUGUAAGGAUCGAUCAUAAUAAUACGCUCUAGUCACGCAUCAGUUCGUAUUGUUGUCACAACGUAAGCGUUCUACGGUUUUUCUUUCGCAUCGCAGUUUGCUACGUUCAAACAAUUUUCGUUUAUUUUCAAAGAAGCGAAAGUUUAAACGCUUAGUUUUCUGGUACAUACACCCGUAUAAGAUAAUGCAUCUUAAAUGUGAAACAAAACGAUAGUUACAUUUACCUUUUUUAUAUCACUGAAUUAUAUAACAAAAAAUAGUUAAUGACAUUGCAAUGAUCAUAGUCUAAAACUUGACAACAUUUAAUUAAAAGAGAAUAAUUCGACGCUAUUUUGUCCUAGCAAGAUUAAAACACGAUUAAACAAAAGUAGUGGGAAAAACGAUCAAAAUAUUAUAAGAAUAAAAUAAUUUUUCAUUUGUAAUAUUAUCGUUAUGCGUGAAAUAUAUUACAUGAGAAUAAAAAGAAGACAAAUAUUAUAAUAGCA